AUGGAAACUGCGGAAAGAGUACAGGGAGACUACAGGGAGAGUGCAGGGAGCGUACAGGGACAGCGUAUGGAAACUGCAGAAAGAGUACAGGGAGACUACAGGGAGAGUACAGGGAGCGUACAGGGACAGUGCAUGGAGACUGCAGAAAGAGUACAGGAAGACUACAGGGAGAGUGCAGGAAGCGUACAGGGACAGUGCAUGGAGACUGUAAAGAAAGUACAGGCAGACUACAGCAAGAGUGCAGAGAGCGUACAGGGACAGCGUAUGAAGACUGCAGAGAGAGUACAGGGAGACUACAGGGAGAGUGCAGGAAGCAUACAGGGACAGCGUAUGGAGACUGCAGAAAGAGUACAGGGAGACUACAAGGAGAGUGCAGGGAGCGUACAGGGACAGUGCAUGGAGACUGCAGAAAGAGUACAGGGAGACUACAAGGAGAGUGCAGGUAGCGUACAGGGACAGUGCAUGGAGACUGCAGAAAGAGUACAGGGAGACUACAGGUAG